UAUGUCAGUGUCUUAAUUGUUAAUUAAAUUAUACCAUCUAGUUGCAGAUCACAGUGAUAUAGAAUCCUUUUAAAACUUUGUUAAAUCACAAAACCUAAUUCACCAACUUACAAUAAUCAUUGAACAUAUUUAAAAUAACAAAAUUAAAAAGGAUUACAAGGAAUUAGAAAAACAAUUGUAGAAAUAUGAAUCUGAAGUCAGAGUGCAUAUCAGAGUAUAACUUACAUAUAUAUUAUUUUAGGAAUCUUAUCUAAUGAAUUAAAAGUACGAUGAAAUGAAAAAUUAAAUCAAAUAGUUAGAAUAAGACAGAAAUGAAUUAUUACAGAAUACAAAAAAAACUCUGAAUGUACUAUUCAUUCGAUAUUUAGUUCUUAGAAACUAAAAAAAGAGAAUGAGGAACUCUAUUAAUAAGUUAAACUGUUGAAGGAUGAACUAAAUUAUUACAAACAAUUUGAAAUAUGUACCCAACAGUCAACGAAAAUUAGCAAUUCCAAAACUAUUGAAAAAUAGAACAAACUUAAAGAUAAACGAUUCCAUACUAAUAUUACUCCGUAGAAAACUGCUAAUUCUUCUUUUGAUUAUUUAGUUAAUAAAAGAUUAAGUUAGCAGAUUGUUCAAAGAAAAAAGAGCUUUUAAAAAUAUAUGUUUAGCAAAAGAAAAUCUUGCACAACUGAUUUAUCUAAAAGUAUGUGA